AGAAAAGCGAUCUCAUUAUUUGGUUGAUUUGUGUGCUAACUCGGCUAUCUGCUCGUGCUAAACGCCGGCGAGUGAGUGAAGUCGUGAAUUUGUCACCAAACUACAGUAGUCAAGCUGUGAACUGUUUUUUCUCAAGAUAUGUCACAGUUCUGAUUCACUUUCAUUUUUUUGAUACGUCACGAGAAAGUGCCCCAGAGGAUUCAUCAUCAGCAGUGAUUACACACCCAUGCCCAGCCUGAUCAUGAAGAGCGGAAGUCAAAUACUGCAGAGCAUCCUGGAGGUUGGCGUUGCCAAAAGCCUCAAGGGCAAUGGAAACUUCUGCUUCAGCUGUGAGCAGAUAUUUGCAAAUCGGAAAUGCCUGGAGGACCAUGUGUGUCCCUCUGCAAGUUUCAUCUGCUCCUGUGGAACAGAGUUUACUGAGUACAAAAACAUGCUGGAGCACAGCACCACACAUGAACCAGGGCAUCAGGCUGUCACUCAUACCACCAUAAAGAAGCGCAGAAUUGAGAAGCACGUGGAACAGGAGGAAAAGAUGGAAAGGUUGCAGAAAGGUGAAGUUGUUUGGAGUCCACCUAAUGCAAGUGUAACACCAUCAGUUUCAGAACCCAGAUCUUCAGCUCUCCUCUCACCUCUUCCCAUGAAAACUGUGCAGACUCCAAAAUUGCCUGGCUCUAACCCCUCUCUGUCUAAAGCAUCUCUACCCUCAAGUCCUGUCCCUGUAGGAAAAAGCAUGCAGAACAUUUUUGCUGAUGUUGGUGCACCAACUGUGGAUCUUUGGACACUUUAUCAGCCAGUUGUGCUGGUGCCAACAGUUUGCAAGCUUCAGAAGCCAUACAUUUGUGGGAAAUGCGGGCAGGGUUUUAUGUCAAAAGCCCUUCUCGUCUCCCACCACAGCUUGCAUGUUGCAGAUAAAGUUUCUGGCUGUAUUGGUUGUGGCUUGCUGCUCUCUGGCCGAAAGCAAGUGCCUCGCUUUCAUUCCUGUAACACCCCAGUCAGUCAUGCCAAAUUCAAACUUCUCACUGCAAAACCACCAAACUACAAGUCACCAAUUAAAGACAAUGUAAGAAAGAAUCUAUUGGCCCAGCCACCUCAGGCCACCUCUGCCCCACAGGUGGAAAACCUGAUUCCAAGUGCAGCCGGUAAAGGGAGUCGAUCAGGUCUUGUCACCUCUGCACAGAAAAAAUUCAGAGCAUACAAUAGUAAUAUUCAAGUGGGUUCAAAAGGCGUGCAAGUGGGUUCAGUUUUUCAGCCUAAGAGUCAAAAUCCCAGUACAUCUAAAGCUUCCAUUGGUGUCUCUUUGUCCUCAAAGAGUCCAAACCUCAGUGUAUUCAGUCAGAAAACGCCUGUCACUCCCUCUGUGCAGCAAACGAUGCCCACUAACACAGACCCAUCGAGCAGCGAAGGCGAGUUCAUAUGCCGAGUCUGUCACCUUCCUUUCAGAACCGCUCAGAUACUUCAGCGGCACAAGUGUAUCAAAGCUCAGGAGUUCAUGGCAAAGCGCUUGAAUAGUGGCAAACUGCAUCCCAAACCUUCAACAAUGAUGGUGGGACCAAAUUCUGCUCAGGUAAAUGGUGAUAAAAAACUGGGUUUUUCACCCUCUGUUAGCACAAAGAGCCAGCUGGCUGUCAGUGGUCUGGACAAAGGCAAGGCAGUGGUUCCUGAUGGUAAGAAAAUAGGAGAGGAUGAUGAUGACGACUGCUUCAUUGUUGAGGAUGGAUCAAACAAACCUGCUGAGGUGAUUUACCAGGUAACCUCAUCUGUCCCAAUCAAGAUUUGAAGAGCUGUCUGCCUUCCUUUCAUGUUUGAUAACAAGGCAGCAGUGCUGAUAAAUGACAU